AUGGAAGAAAAUCCAAGCGUGGACCUGUCUGAAGCUAGGCCAGCCCAAGGUGAGAUGGAGAGCGCAGCAGAGCAUCCUGCAUACCAAGAGCCUAUUCAAGGAACACUUGAGCACCAAGUAACAAGCAGGUGGCCUGAGACCUCCUGCAAACCAGAGGAAGACUCUUUGCUGUGUAAGUCACCAACUGCUGAUGGAGGAGAGACAUCACUGUCAGAUUUAGCUGGCUUAAGAGUAGAGAAGGAAACUGAAGUAUCACUGAAAGAAUCUGUGAAGACAAGAGAUGAUGUCUCAGAAAGAUCCCAGGAGAAAAAUGACUUGGACGAAGCCAUGCUGGCCCAUGAUAAAACGGACAGCAAAGGAGAAAGUCCCGUCCACCCAGAAACACAGGAGGAUCAGGAGCCAAGCAAACAAGGGGAAGGCCCUGUCCACCCAGAAACACAGGAGGAUCAGGAGCCAAGCAAGCAAGGAGAAAGCCCUGUCCACCCAGAAACACAGGAGGAUCAGGAGCCAAAAACACAGGAGGAUCAGGAGCCAAGCAAGCAAGGAGAAAGCCCUGUCCACCCAGAAACACAGGAGGAUCAGGAGCCAAGCAAGCAAGGAGAAAGCCCUGUCCACCCAGAAACACAGGAGGAUCAGGAGCCAAGCAAGCAAGGAGAAAGUCCUGUCCACCCAGAAACACAGGAGGAUCAGGAGCCAAGCAAGCAAGGAGAAAGUCCUGUCCACCCAGAAACACAGGAGGAUCAGGAGCCAAGCAAGCAAGGAGAAAGUCCUGUCCACCCAGAAACACAGGAGGAUCAGGAGCCAAGCAAGCAAGGAGAAAGCCCUGUCCACCCAGAAACACAGGAGGAUCAGGAGCCAAGCAAGCAAGGGGAAAGUCCUGUCCACCCAGAAACACAGGAGGAUCAGGAGCCAAGCAAACAAGGGGAAAGCCCUGUCCACCCAGAAACACAGGAGGAUCAGGAGCCAAGCAAGCAAGGAGAAAGUCCUGUCCACCCAGAAACACAGGAGGAUCAGGAGCCAAGCAAGCAAGGAGAAAGUCCUGUCCACCCAGAAACACAGGAGGAUCAGGAGCCAAGCAAACAAGGAGAAAGCCCUGUCCACCCAGAAACACAGGAGGAUCAGGAGCCAAGCAAGCAAGGAGAAAGCCCUGUCCACCCAGAAACACAGGAGGAUCAGGAGCCAAGCAAGCAAGGAGAAAGCCCUGUCCACCCAGAAACACAGGAGGAUCAGGAGCCAAGCAAGCAAGGAGAAAGUCCUGUCCACCCAGAAACACAGGAGGAUCAGGAGCCAAGCAAGCAAGGGGAAAGCCCUGACACAGCAGAAGAAGAUGCUUCAUCAAGAAGCAAGAGCUCUGACAGUAAAGUGACACAUUUAGAUGUGACUGCCAGAGAAGAUGCCACCAAGGAUCACUUGGCAGAGAAGAGCAUCAGUGCCUCUGUCCUAUAUUGGGAGCAUAUAGAGCAAACAACACAGGAGAGUGGGUCCCAGGGCAUGUUAAGGAACAGACAUGGAACCAAAGGGCACACAACCCCAAAUCCAGAGGCUCAGUCCUGCUUGCAGAAUGUCACCACCCAAAACACAGACCAGGAGAAGGCCAAAAAGUUCCUCCUGUGGAAAGGUGAGGAAAAGAAGCUUCCCAUGCGUGUUAUUCAUCGACCAGAAGGCACUCAUUCUCCAGGAUCAAGGCUCGUUAUCGUGAGCUUCGUGUUGGUCUGCUGCUUAUACAGCUUCUGCAACCUGACCUCCGAGGCCCAGCAAGCCUCUAGGAACCCCACUGUGGAGGCAUUCCUGUCUCAGUUCAGCCAGCUGCCAGAGAGGUUUCCGGGUCAGAGUCCUGAGCUAUGGCUUCGCGGACGCAGGUUCCUGCAGAAGCACCUCAAUGCAUCCUACAACAUGCAGCCAGCCAUCAUCAUCUUCACAGCUGCCCGCAAGGGAGAGCAGACCUUGCAAUGUCUUAGUGCCCAUGUGGCCAACACCUACUCAGCUGCCCUGUGUUCCAAGAUGGUCCAGAUCAAUGGCAAGGAUAAAUCCAGGCUCCAGAGUGACCAGGCCAAGCUGGAGGUGGACUCGGAGCUGAGCUCAGCUUUCCAGGCUGGUGACCGUGCUGCAGUGAUACACCACUUCGAGCUGUUGCCAGCAGAGUCCACCCUCAUCUUCUACAAGUACUGUGAUCAUGAAAGUGCUGCUUUCAAGAAUGUGGCCCUGCUGCUGACCGUGCUGCUGGAGGAGGAGAUGCUGGAGACCAACAUCAGCCUCAAGCAGGUGGAAGAGAGGGUCCGUGACUUCCUCUGGGCCAAGUUCACCAACACCAGGGCCUCCGGCUCCUACAACCACAUGGAUUCUGACAAACUGAGUGGGCUAUGGAGCCGCAUAUCCCACUUGGUCCUCCCAAUUCACCCAGUGCAGGCCAUUGAGAAGGGGGGAUGCCAUGUCAACACUAUGUCAACCCAGGAACAAAAGCUGCCAGAGCUCUGA